CACUGAGACUCCGACAGGCACCGAGGCUGAUAGCGCGGAGAGAGGGCAGCGAGGGACUUGUCACGGGGAUCUGGGCGACCGGGCAGCUCCGGUAGUGUCUAGGGACUCCGGGGGUGACAGCCCGUGUCACCGCUCGGGAACCCGGCGCCAUCGGCCGCGGGGAACCCCGCUGCUCUCUUUUCCCCCCCGCGAGGGAGGGGGCCGGAGGGAGCCCAGGUCUCGCCCCGCCCCUGGGCUUGUUCCCGCGGGGGCGGGGAGUGAGGGUUUGUUCUUAGGGGGGGAGUGGAGAUCGGGGGACUCGGCGGUGCCCUCUCGAGCGGCGGCCGUGUCCCCGCGGCGCCGGGCGGCCGAGCGGAGGAGCGGCGGUCGUGGCUGUUGCAUGUGUGGCUGCUGGAUGCGGAGGCGGCGGCGGCGGCGGCGGCGAGGAGCAGCAGCAGCAGCGGCGGCGCCAGGAUGUUAGGGCAGCAGCAGCAGCUGUACUCGUCGGCCGCGCUCCUGACCGGAGAGCGGAGCCGGCUGCUCACCUGCUACGUGCAAGACUACCUGGAGUGCGUGGAGUCGCUGCCCCACGACAUGCAGAGGAACGUGUCGGUGCUGCGGGAGCUGGACAACAAAUACCAAGAAACUUUAAAGGAAAUUGAUGAUGUCUAUGAAAAAUAUAAGAAAGAAGAUGAUUCAAACCAGAAGAAACGCCUACAGCAACAUCUGCAGAGAGCGUUGAUUAAUAGCCAGGAAUUGGGAGAUGAAAAAAUUCAGAUUGUCACACAAAUGCUCGAAUUGGUGGAAAAUCGGGCAAGACAAAUGGAGCUGCACUCACAGUGUUUUCAAGAUCCUGCUGAAAGUGAACGAGCCUUAGACAAAGGAAAGAUGGAUUCUGGUCAGCCCGAGCGAUCUUCUAGAAGACCUCGAAGACAGCGAACCAGUGAGAGCCGUGAUUUAUGUCACAUGACAAAUGGGGUUGAAGACUGUGAUGAUCAGCCACCAAAAGAAAAGAAAUCCAAAUCCGCCAAGAAAAAGAAGCGCUCCAAGGCCAAGCAGGAAAGGGAAGCCUCGCCUGUUGAGUUUGCAAUAGAUCCCAAUGAACCUACCUACUGCUUAUGUAACCAAGUGUCUUACGGGGAAAUGAUAGGCUGUGACAAUGAACAGUGUCCCAUUGAAUGGUUCCACUUCUCAUGUGUUUCACUCACCUAUAAACCAAAGGGGAAAUGGUACUGCCCAAAGUGCAGGGGAGACAAUGAGAAAACAAUGGACAAAAGUACUGAAAAGACAAAAAAGGAGAGAAGAGCGAGGUAGUGAAGGCAGCCAUGUUUUAAAAGGGUUGUUUGUCUUUUAUAUAAUUGGUUUACUUUCAGAAAAUGUUUUAGGGUAAAUGCAUAAGACUAUGCAAUAAUUUUUAAUCAUUAGUAUUAAUGGUGUAUUAAAAGUUCUUGUACUUUGUCUGUGACCUUAAUUUUCUGCACUAAAUUACCAAAUAUUUUCUGCCAGGUAGUCCUGAGAGCAGGAGAGAGAGAGGAAAGAGCAAACUUCAAGUGGCUUCCCCAGCCACGUCUGCUUCAUUUUCACCUCAAACUCCCAUGCUGUUUUGGGGGUAAACACAAAUGUUUGCUAACAUCUCAGUUCGGUGUGCUUCAAAAUUUUAUCUAUUGUUGGAUUUCUCUGUCAACUUACCUUGGUGAUUUCAAAUUGCAAUGCUAUCCUGUUUAGAGAUUCUUAUUGGCUCCGCGUAUUCAUACGCUUGUUAAAUCUCUAGUCCUCCAGAAACCCUGGGAACUAGGGAGAAGUUAUGUGGUUCCAAGUGGAGUAAUGCACUCCUUCUGGAGUAUUUGCUGCUGGGCUUCCUUGGAGCCUCUGAUAACUGUCAGUUGUGGCCUCUGUAAAUGCCCUGCUGUUUCCGAACAGAUGCACUUCAGCUAGUGCUUGAUAAGGGGCUGCUUUUGUUUUGAUUGGGACAAGUAAGGCUAGUUAGUUAGUUAAUACCAAAACUCUGCCAUUGGUUCCUACUGGCACGGCAUCAUAGUUCAAGGCUGAAUAGUUUGAAGAUGUGUCUUGAUAUUUCCCAUGUGACCCACUGCUGGGAUGUGUAGCCACAGACCUGUCAGUGAGAAGAGGGCAUGUAUGAGUCUCUAAACAUUGCCUUUUCUGUCAAACAGUUAUUUUAGAUAGUUUCGCUGGGGGUUAGAAUUUAUUUCUAUCCCAAUGAGUAAUUAUACAUUAUUUUUAAUAAUAGUAUAUUUACCUUAACCUCUGGUAUUGGUGCUGUUUGAUGUUUUCAUGUUUAUUGAGCUAAUUUCAUUAUAACAAUACAAUUCAUAAUGUGUUUGUAAAUUGAACUUUCCGGGAUUUUGAUAUUUUCCUUUUGAUGAAUGUAUGUCCUUGCAUUGAGCAGGUUUUGGUUGUGGGGGGCAGUAGAUGAACUAGUUCUUUAACCCCACGUGUAGCGUGCUUCUUACUCACCAUUUCUUCCUAAUCUGAUGGUCUUGAUGCUUUUUGAUUAACACAUGUGAAAAAUCCUGUCUGCUUGUUUGGAAAAAAAAAGUUUUUUUUUUUCUUCAAGCUCUCUGUGUGACUUGUAGGCAUGUCAUUCACAUGUAAAAUGAGUUGGCUUGAAUGUCUCCAAGGCUCAUUUGAAAUCAUAGCAUUGUACUGUGGGGAAAGAUUUUAAUAAUGUAAUCGCUUGCUUUUCCCUUCAUUAAUGUCCUCCACCCUGAGGCAGGAAGACAGUUUAAGAUUAGAGGUGGUAAAGGAACAAUAUUUUAUUUCCGUCCCAAGGCCAUGUCGCUUGGUGACUAUUGCCAGUGACUAUCUUAUUUAAGCAAGAAUAUUGAGCAGAAUGAUAAAGAAUUUACUUUUAA